AUGGCCGACGCACUUCCUCCUGUCAGGCAUAGUCGGCUGGUACAUCUAGCUGGACUGUUAAAAACUGGGCGAAUUGAGCUCAAGAUUGCUUCUCAGUGGGUGCAAAAGCAUUCUUUGUUGCUAUUAGCUUUUGGAGCAUCCACAGUAUAUCGAACGUGGCUCACUACGCCACUAAAUGGCUUAUUGCGGUGGGUAGGCGGAAUUUAUUAUUAUUAUCAAGCCUACUGGCUGGUGAACAUUUACACGUUCAAAGACAUACAAAAAUGUAACUCAAUCUUGGAAAACGUAAAAGGUUGGGAACCGGGGUAUGAUUUCUGGGAGAUGCGUAACGAUCAAUGGUGGCUUUAUAUGUCCUGCCUAGGAAAUGACGCUGGCUGGUCGAAGAGAUUAUGGGAUAAUGUAGAUGCGAUUUACGAAUCAAUCAAUAGAAUAUCUGAUAUUUUCAUGCCGGAUUGGCGUACGGACCAACGGGUGUUAGCAUACACAGUUCCAAUAAAUGUAAUUCUUGUGGGUUUGUAUGGACUAAUUGUUAGAGAAGGUUUGUCUGAGUGGAUGUGGUAUCCAACGAUUCUUGCCACGAACGCACUCAUAAACCACCUGCUUUACGGAGGCCUCCUUAUGUACCUUGGCCACAUUUUACCCAGCCUUGUUCCGUUAGUCUUUUGGCAUGGGCUUCAAUAUGGCGUACCGGCUUUCUUGAUAAUUCAUAGACUAGAAUGGAUACCUUUACGUGCUGCAUCAAUGAUCUUCGACCGUCAGAGAAGGUUGGCCGCUGCUGGACGUGAUUUGGAAAGCGUUCAGGAUCAGCAAGAUUUAGAAGAGUUGGCUCUUAUUCUGUGGUGGAGAGGAGGUUUAUUACGUCUUGCUCGUCUCGAAAUUGCUAAAAUGAUUGUUCGAUGUUCGAGUGUAUUAAAACUGCUUCUCGAUGCGUGUCGGUCUCUUUGGGUCUUUUGCAAAACACGAUUGAGUUUGAGGAAGCGAGUCGCAGAUCUUGAACAUCAAAUAACCGGUAUUGAACAGCGACUAAGUAACGCUAUAGAGAGCCGAAAUGGUUGGAGGAGGAGGUUUCUGCAAAUGCUGAGAUUGCGAAAUGAAUGUGUAGGACUUCAUCACCAUUUUGAAGUUCAAGAUGAGAAAAUACGUGGAUUGGAGCGACAGAGGGAUGAGAAACAGGUGGCAUAUGAUGAACUGUUGGCAAAAUUCAACGCAUCACGUCAAGCUUCAAGUGCCUUGAUGUUAGCGGGGGGUCCAGCUAGAGCGACAGAAAAGUUGCUUGGAGUGGCUGUUUACACGAGGGAUUUGCACCGUAAACAGAUACAAAAUCUUGUUUCUUCGUUCAUAGAAGCUGGUGCUGAGAUGGCCAUACUCAAAGAUAAAGUCAAAACGUUGGAAGAGGAUCUUAAAACCGUCAACAACGGUAGGGCGACAAUGUUGUGGCGAGAGACGGCGCAAGAAAAUCUUGAAUUGAGGAGACAUGCACAGGAAGAGAUUUUGGAACGAGAUGUGACAAUUAAACGUUUGAGGGACGAUCGAGAUGAAAGUGCUGUAACAUCACUUAGUUUGGAUUCUAGAGGACAACAAAUCUUGCGAAAACUACAAGAGAGGUUGAUCAGUGCGGAGGUUGACCUCGCCCAUUCCGAAAUGAUAGUUGAGAAAUCGAAGUUUGAUAAAAUCAAACAUGAAGAAGAGAUGGAACAAACCAAGAGAGAUGCAUUAUAUGGGGAGUCUGAGCGGUUGGGGGGGCUGUACACGGAUGCAGUCAUCCAGGCUAGUGAGCUGACCGAAGAGCUCAAAAGGUUUGAAUUUUCUACAGAUCCGGAAUGUGAUAUCGAGGCUGUUCAACGUCACUGUAAUCAAGAAAGGGAAAAAUUGCAAGGAGAGAUUGCAAUCAAGAACGUGCAGAUAUCUACAUUUAAGGCACAAAUUGACCACGCGAUGGGCUCUAUGAACUGGGCUGAUAAUAGGUUUGAGCCUCUGGACAAGUAUUUUGGUUUUAUACCUGGCGCAAAAGACGAGAUUAGACGCUUGUCGACCGCACUUGAGAAGGUUCAUUUCCAAAAUAUAGUACCUCAAGCACCCGAAAUGGCGAAUCAAUUGCGUUACUUGGAAAAUUUGACUACCGAAAAGAACCAUUUACUUGACGAAAGACAAAGUUCUCGAGUGAUUCUAGCCGAGCUCUCGCAGGGUAAAACUCAGAAUGAAGCGGAACUGGUCAGAUUGAGAGAUAGAGUGGCUCGGAGGAACACACAAGUGACAAAUCUGAAGACACUAAAUACGGAGCUACAGCUCCAACUCAGAGAAGCACAAGUGGCAGCACCACCAGUAGGAGAAGCGCUGAAUAUUACUGGAAUAGCGGCUCCCAUUCUGGCAAUUUAUGCAAGAAACCUCCUAGCAUUGAGGAGAGAAAUGCAAGAAAGGGGUAAAGAGAUAUCAGACAUCCCAGAUAUUCCGGGAGCUUAUGGCAUUCCACGUGUAGAAGGAGAGCCUCUAGAAAUCUCUAUAUUGAGGAUUUCCAACCAGCUAACAGGCAUAUUCCACGAUCUAUCUAGGUUGGUAAGAGAGAGUGAUCCCCCAUGGCUAGGAGCGACAGAUGACUGGGUGGAUGAUAAUACAGACAGUCCGGAGAAUUUGAAUGCGCGUAGGCUCAGUCGGAUAUUAAAAUUGAAAGACAUUUGGGAUUAUAUCGGAACAUUAAAUUACGACACCAUUCUUUUCGUCCGCGAAAUCUGCCAAAAAUUUGGCAUAGAACCUGGGUUUGAACUACCGGAGAGACCCCAGUCUCCAUCGCCCCCACCUUCUCCAACUCCAUCUCCGCCGCCUCCCCGUUCUAGGGAUAGAGAUCUAUUUCCAGCACUAUUCACACAAUAUGAGGUAUUUGAUAUUGAGAAAUGGAAUGUAUUUCCACACGAUCAAGAGAAUAUUACUCCUGCUUUCAGUGUCAUAUCGGCGUUGCAACGAUCUAUCCAAGAACAAUUACCAGAUGAUGAUGCAGUCAACCUUGAGCCCAUUGAAUUUGAGGCUCACUUAGCAGGUACACUGGGUCGAGUUAUUAACUUCCUGAUCGACCCAAUUCAUGAACGCGACGUGGCUGAAGCUCUAUAUAAAAUCAGUAAUUCAUUUGUUCUGAAGACCGUUACACAAUUUCCUCGACGAGAUGGUGGCUUCAAAUAUCUAUCCCGGGAAAUUUUGUAUCCGGAUACCUUGGAAGUGACUGCACCAAGAAAGGUCGUUGUAUUGUAUUUAUCAGGUAAUAUUUGGCAGGGUAUGAGCUUGAAGCCAGUUGAGUCUGAGCAUGAGUCUGACAGCAGAUCUGAUGUUCAAACUCCUCCACCGGAGCCACGCUCAUUUGCGAUGAUGGAAUUCGAUUUGACAGACUGGAAAGUAGAUCAUGUUAUCGACAGGUGGACAAUUCCUGGACAGGCUGUUUUACGUGAAGGUCUAUCUUCAAUAAGUGCAGUGGCAAAUUCCUUCCACUGGCAGUAUCCAGGGAUUUUAUGGAAUAAUAUGAGGGCAAACGAGGCCUAUGAGGAUCUCUUUGACAGAUUCCAGAGAGCUCAUCCGCACCACGAGGAAGAUUAUUUUCAGGAGCAUGUUCAAGUGGUGUUAGAUGAUAUACUAAGAAAUGGAGCUAACAGACCACAUUACAGGCUCGCAGCCAUCACUCCACACGAGGUAGCUGCUGGAGAUUCUAGGUUUUUUGUGAGUAUUUAUGGGGACGAUUCAGAGAGUCCUUUGCUUUACGUAGUUUGCCAACCGCAAAUUGGGUGGAGGGGUAUGCGGAGGAGGCGGGAUGGUGAUUCCGAUGGCUUUCUUGGGGAUUUAGAAUGGGGGUCCUCAGUCCAGCAGCUACGAGCCGAAGAGAUACAAGCGGAAGAGAUACGAGCCGUAGAGCUGCCAGCUGAGAGGCUACCUGCUGAGAGGCUACCUGCUGAGAGGCUACCUGCUGAGAGGCUACCUGCUGAGAGGCUACCUGCUGAGAGGCUACCUGCUGAGAGUCUACCAGCCAACCCUAUUGUGAUUGAUGAGCCAGUCGAGGCACCACCAAUACUACCAGCUGUCAUUUUGCCCAGGAUUGAGAAUUAUGGCAGAAAUUCUAUCAAAGCCCCAUUUAACGGCGAUGGAUGGACUUUUAAUGUCGAUCUAGAACAUUUCAACGAAGGCUUGAGACGUGGUGGUAAUCGAACACCCUGGAUACAUAAUUGCGCCCCACGAGCAUUGCAUUAUUCAAUCCGCCAUCAACGUCCCAACUAUUUGCGAGGUAAUCUCACUCCAGAAUCAGUACUGCAAGCGUUCAAUGAUGUUUUUCCCCGACACGAAAAUUCUUGGAAAGACGAGGAAGUCGCUAGAAUACUCAGAGGAUAUCCGACACUGGGGGGAUAUGAACUUGCGAUUGUCAAUUGUAUGACUCGUGCCGACGGUACUAUCAUUGUUUUAGCUUGGUCCCAACCAAGUGGAUACAAUCCUGCAAGUGACAACUUAUUGUUUGUUGCGUCAGUUAGUGAUCGACGAAUAGGAUACUGUCAGGAAGAUGAUAGACACCAUUGGGUGGGUAUGAGAUAUCGGGAUGGCGAAGCAAUUCCAAAUCCUCGGUUGUUCAGACCCCAACCAGCCAUCCCUCCUCCCAAGCCCCCAAAAUCAAAAUUCAUGCCUCUGCUGAAUGCAGCGACAAGCAGUCAAGGAUCAAAGAAAACCCCUGUGUCCAAGAGUAGUGCAUCUACUUGGUCUAAUUUCGAUAGUUCGAAAAGCUUUGUGUCCCAGUCUGGUCAAAAAUGGGUUCCACCGUCCACUCCACCCACGAAUCUUCCUAUAACCAUGAUACCCUCUGUUCAAACUGGGCAACAAUUUGGUACUGCCGUGCAACAACAAAAUCAGCCAGCACCACCAAGUUUACAACCCGCUCCAUCAUCCUUCAGAACUCAAUAUUGGUCACCAUUUGGUACGGCUGCACAGCAACAGCAACAACCACCAGGUUUGAAUCCUCAUACAUUGCCUGUUCCUUUUGGCGAACUGUUCGUUCAUCCCACCCCGUUACAGCAACAGCCGCCACAGCAAGGUCAAAAUGCACAGGGACAAGUAGGUUUUGGUAUGAAUAUCGCUAGCAGGAAUGAACAAAUGGAACUCGCACGUAAAAUUCAAGCGGAACAGGGUCGUGGAGGUAAACAUUCAAAGAAGGAUAAGGAGCCCAAGAAAGUACUUGGAAUGGACAAGGAAACUGGAAUUGGUAGGGGGAAGAAAGGAGGUAGAGGAAGAGGUAGAGGUAGAGGAAGAGAUAGAAGUAGAGGGGAGGAUCGAGGGAGCGGACAGAAAGAAGAUGAUAGUAGUGCUGGAGGAGGAGGAGGCGGCGGCGGAAGUAGUGGUGUUGCUGGUAAUGAAUGGGAGGAUGAAAUCUGA